AUGGCAGGUCUGGAAAAUAAUUCAACUGACUGUCUUCCUAUUGAUGACUACAUUAAGACUUAUUAUCUGCCAGUGAUGUACAGCAUCAUUUCUGUAGUUGGACUUAUGGGAAACUUACUGGCAAUUGUCAUUUACCUGGCAAAACUAAGGCCCUGGAAGAGCAGCAGCAUUAUAAUGGUGAAUCUGACAGUAGCUGAUUUGCUGUAUGCGUUGAGUUUACCUGUGCUGGACCAGUUUUACAUUACCAGAAACUGGACAUUUGGAGAGUUCAUGUGCCGUUGCAUCCGCUUCUGCUUCUACUACAACCUCUACGGCAGUAUCCUCUUCCUAACCUGCCUCAGCAUCUUCCGUUACAUUGCAGUGGUGUACCCACUGAAGGCUGCUGAGUUUCAGAGGAAAAUAUGGGGCACUUUGGCUUGUCUGGCAGUCUGGGCCGUUUCCCUAGUGGAAAUUGGCCCAAUGCUGGGGAUGAUUACAGUACAACAGAAGGACAACUUGACAAAAUGCCUUGAUUUCACCAGUAAUGAUCCACAGGUGGUGUGGUGGUACGGUUGGAUACUCACAGUGUUUGGAUAUGUAUUGCCAUUGCUGGUGGUGUGCUGGAGCUACACGCACAUUGCAGGCUCUCUGGGCAGCAGCGUAUCCAGAAACAGGCCAAGUCGUUCCAGAGUUUGCAUGCUUUCCAUUCUGAUUCUGGUCGUGUUUGUGCUGUGCUUCUUGCCAUAUCAUAUCAUGCGUUUACUGAGGGUGGAUAGCCUGCGCAGAACUGAUGUGUCAUGCAUGCAGAGGAGAGGCAUCCAUGCAGCCUACAUAUUGUCACGACCCCUGGCUGGCCUCAACACCUUCUUCAACCUAGCACUUUAUACAUUGGCAGAAGUUUCAACAGGCUUUCUGGAGCUUUGUGCAUGGGAAGGAGCACACAAGCAGCACAAUAUCUGUAAUCCACUCUCCAAACAUGUCAAAAACAGACAUUCUGAAGAUCUGAUACAUUAA